GUUCAUUGAAUUGUUGGCAACGAAACUAUCAACAUCGUUUUUGGAAUCUGGGAAAAACCUAACGACAACAUCCUUGAUCGUCACCCUCUAGAACAAGUGGCAACCGGUUUCUUAACUUGUCGCUAACUUUAAAAUACAGGCUAACUGUUCUGAAGCCACGACUUGUUGCCACCGAAUGCGCAGGACCAGACGAAUAAUGCCGGCUUCAUGGAGGGCCACAUAUUUCGGAAGUCGCUCACCAAGGACGAGUACUUGGGCCUAGUGGCCAAGCUGUUUAUACACUUGUCCCGGAAGUCCCAGCAGCAGCAGCAACAACAACAACAACAACAAUAGCAGGGCGGCCCGCCUCCAAACGCGAAAAUGGGCGGCGGGCAGAAUAUGAUGCAGGAUCCACUGAACGCACUGCAAAACCUCGCCAACCAAGGCAAUCGCAAUCCCCAGAUGAUGCCCAUGGGCGCCGGUGGCGGUGCUCCAGUGCCGGGUGGCCCUGGAACCGCCUCCAACCUGCUGCAAUAAAUAAGUAUAAGAAGGGUCAUUUGAUAACCUGCUCGCAGAGGUUUUAUAAAGUGAGCUGACAAAAAAGAAGCUAUUUAUUGAAUUCUUAGCAACGAAACUAUCAACAUCGUUUUUGGAAUCUGAAUCUUUUCCUGGGAAAAACCUUACGACAACAUCCUUGAUCGUCACCCCCUAGAACAGUUGGAAAUCCGGUUUCUUAACCAUUGCUAACUUUCCAAUAAAGUGUUACUAUUCUGAAUGUAAGAUAAACCAACAUCUACCCGAAAGGACAACAUCAUCCUGGCUUAAAAAGCCACGACUUGUUGCCACCGAAUGCGCAGGACCAGACGAAAAAUGCCGGCGUUAUGGAAAGUCAUAUUUUCCGGAAGUCGCGCACCAAGGACGAGUACUUGGGCCUAGUGGCCAAGCUGUUUAUGCACUACAAGGACAUGUCCCGGAAGUCCCAGCAGCAGCAGCAGCAACAACAACAACAGCAACAACAACAGCAGGGCGGCCCACCUCCAAACGCGGAAAUGGGCGGCGGGCAGAACAUGAUGCAGGAUCCACUGAACGCACUGCAAAACCUCGCCAGCCAAGGCAACCGCAAUCCCCAGAUGAUGCCCAUGGGCGCCGGUGGCGGUGCUCCAGUGCCGGGUGGCCCUGGAACCGCCUCCAACCUGCUUCAAUCCCUGAAUCAGCAGCGUCCCGGGCAGCAGCAAAUGCAGCCCAUGCCCAAUAUCCGAGGCCAAAUGCCCAUGGGUGCCGGUGGUGGUGGUGGAGCCCAGCAGAUGAUGCAGGUGCAGCAGAUGCAGCAGGGUGGAAAUGCCCCCGGAGUGAUGAACGUGAUGGGAGCCGGCGGCGGGCCGAAUCAGGGCCAGAUCGUCGGCAAUCCCGGGCAGCAGAUGGGCGUGGGCAUGCCUAACCAAAUGGUGGGACCGGGACCAAACAGUGGACCCGCGGUGGGAGGGGCCGUCGGAGCAAGUGCUGCUCCUGGAGCAGCUGGUCCCGGGCCAAACCAAAUGCAGGGCGGGCCGAUGAAUGUAAAUGCCAUGCAACAGAUGCCACCCAUGCAGCAGAUUCAGCAGAACCAAAUGGGAAUGGGCAUGAAUCCGAUGAUGCGGAUGGGCCAAGGCAACGGCAUGGGCGGACCUCAGGGAAUGCCUGGCCAGGGCAUGCAGGGGAUGCCGCAGGGCCCGCACAAUGUGGUUGGCGGACCGGCGGGACAGCAGCAAGUGGGCGGAGCAGGCCUGCCGCCCAAUGCAGUCCAGCAGGGAGGGAUGAACCCAAUGGGCGGUAUGGGCGUAAACAUGCCACCGAAUCUGCAGCAGAAGCCCAACAUGCCGAUGGGCCAGGCAGGUCAAAUGUUCCCCGGAAAUCGAGGCGGUGUGGGAGUCGGCGGUCAGCAGCCGGGACAGCCCUUCAUGCGAUCCAGUCCCUCGCCAGCGGAUGCCCAGCAACUGCAGCAGCAGGCUCAGCUCCAACAGAUGCAGCAGCAACAGCUGGUGGUGGGCAAUCAGACGCCCACGCAGCAGCCUCCUACUCCGCAGAUGCCCACGCCGAAUAUGAUCCCAAGUCCGGCACUGGUGCCCCAAUCCAGUCCACAGAUGAUGCAGAUGCAGAAUCCUCAGCGCAACAUUCGCCAGCAGUCGCCGAGUGCCUCGAUCAAUACACCUGGUCAGGUCACCGGGAACAGUCCGUUUAAUCCCCAGGAGGAGGCGUUGUAUCGCGAGAAAUAUAAGCAGCUUACCAAGUACAUAGAGCCACUGAAACGGAUGCUGGCUAAGAUCAGCAACGAUGGAACAAAUGUGGAGAAGAUGACCAAGAUGAGCAAGUUGCUUGAGAUCCUUUGCAAUCCUACGCAGCGGGUUCCGCUUGAAACUCUCUUGAAGUGUGAAAAAGCCCUAGAGAAGAUGGAUCUGAUCUCCUAUUCCGGCCAGCAAUUUGGAAAAUCCUCUAACCCUUUGCUGGAGGUUAUAAAUACCACGCUGCAAAGUCCUGUAGCCAAUCACACACUGCAUCGCACCUUCCGACCCACAUUGGAACUGCUCUUUGGCACGGAUAUAACGGCUCCGGUACCCACAAAGAGACCUCGAGUGGAGGAUAAGUCCUCGCCCUUCGAGCAGGAUGUACCACACGUGCUACAAGGCGAAAUUGCACGGCUAGAUAGCAAGUUUAAGGUGAAGCUGGACACCACAUCGCAGAUAAACAACAAGGCUAUACGCCUGAUUUGCUGUUUGGAUGACAAACGAUUGCCCAGUGUUCCGCCAGUGAGUGUCAGUGUGCCGGAGGAGUAUCCCUGGCAGGCUCCGGACUGCUCCCUGGUGGAACAGGAGUAUUCGGCCACCCCCUUCCUGCAGACAGUCCAACAAGCUCUCAUCGCUCGCAUGUCCAAACUGCCCAAGAACUACUCGCUCUCACACCUCUUGGACACCUGGGAAAUGGCCGUGCGUCAGGCGUGCUCCCCCCAAUCGAAACCCAGUGCAGUUUGCGAACUUUCCACUUUGCUGGGAGUUUAGGUUAACUAUGUGGGUACACUACAACACAACUAUGAUUACCGAUACUAGAAUUAGCUGAAUGUAUGGGAAAUCAAAUCCCCACAUAUCCCCAAUAUUAAACAUGAUUUGAGGAUCUAUAUACAUUUAAGAAAAAAUAAAAAUAAAUAAUUUUAAUCUAA